AUGUAUCAUAAUUUUUUGGCUCUGCAGAAUGUGGUAGAUGAUAUGAAAAUUGAAGCAGGACCAGUGGAGUGGUUUGUCCCUACUAAACGAGGUGGUCGAUUUCUAUGUUAUGAUGGUUAUAUGUAUCGAGUUAAUAAGAAGACAGAGAAUAUGAAAACUAUGACAUGUCGGAUUAAUUGGCGAUGUACAACCAAAUGUUGUUCAAGUUAUGUUACAACUAUUGAUGAUGUUGUUUGUUUUGAUAGUUUACAAGUGAAUUCACCAUUAAAAGCAAGUGAGAAGAAAGUGCCAUGCCCAAUCUGUGGAAUGUUCCUCUUACAGCGAAGAAGUCUAAAAAGACAUUUUGUGGCUAAGCAUUUAAAUGAAAGAGUGUCUUGUGAAUUUUGUGGCAAAAAGUUUACCCAGACUUGUAAUUUACAUAGACAUAUGAAAAACUCUUGUCCUAUACUCCUUACAAGUACUGAGCAAUCAGAACAAGCUUACAAACUACAAUAA